AUGCCAGAACUAGAAAACUUUAAUCUUGAUAAAGGAAUCAAAAAGAAAACUCUCCACGACAAGUUCAGAAGAAAAAUUUAAUUUCUUUAGCUAGUACUUUGUUAAAAUUAGACAAUUAAAAAUGCAGCCGCUCAAUGUUAAAUUAAGUUUGCCACAGCAAAGGUAGUGCUCAAGAAAUUUCGUAAUUUAGGGUUCAUAAAAAAUUCUGAUAAAGAUUAUGAGAAGUAAAUAGACAUGCUCAGAUAAAUUGCUUUCAUAAAAUCUGAGAUCAAAUAGGAUUAGAUGUAAAAGCGAGAAAGGGAAUUUCAAGCACUUAGUUAGAGAAUAAAAAAAAUAUAACCACUUUAAGAGAAUGAAGCAACCGAGAUUUAAAUUGACAUUAACUUUUAAAUAAAAAUCUUCCAAGAAGAACUUCGAAAUCAAGAAACAAUAUAAUUACACUUAGUGAAAUCUGUCCUAUUGGAAUAAAUUAAAUUAAUGAAGAACAAUUCCAUUUCUGUUUCCUGA